AUGGAUAGUGCAGCUGCUGAUCCUUCUGAAAAAAUGAAUUAUGAAAGAAACUUUAAACAUGCUGGGAUAGAGGAGUUUGUCGCGCAUGCUUCGGAUGUCAAUUGUGCCAAGUUUGGGAGGCGAACAUCAAGGAUCCUCAUCACUGGUGGUGAGGAUCUGAGGGUCAAUCUUUGGGCUGUAGGGAAACCCAGUGCCCUCCUGAGCCUAUCAGGCUUUACAAGUCCAGUUGAGUCAGUAAGCUUUGACUCUUCUGAAGUUACGAUAGGUGCUGGUGCUGCAAGUGGAACGAUAAAAAUAUGGAAUAUUGAGGAGGCGAAAGUUGUUCGAACUUUCACUGGGCACAGAUCAAAUUGUGCAUCUCUUGAUUUCCAUCCCUUUGGAGAAUUCUUAGCCUCUGGGUCUUCAGACACAAACAUGAAAAUAUGGGAUACUCGAAAGAAGAGAUGCAUCCACACAUACAAGGGGCAUACUCGACGAAUUAAUGUGCUUAAAUUUACUCCUGAUGGUCGAUGGAUUGUUUCUGGUGGGGCUGAUAACUCAGUGAAGAUCUGGGAUUUGACGGCUGGAAAACUCAUGCAUGACUUUCGUCUUCACGAAGGUCCAGUCAACUGCUUAGAUGUUCACCCCCACGAGUUUUUAUUGGCUACAGGUUCAGUUGAUAAGACUCUUAAAUUUUGGGACCUUGAGACUUUUGAGUUGAUUGGUUCUUCUGGACCUGAGAACAGCCGGGAAUACUUUGAGACGGCUAGUGUAAUUCGUUCUAUGAAAUUCAAUAGUGAUGGUAAAACAAUUUUUUGUGGAUUACAUGAAAGCUUAAAGGUUCUUUCCUGGGAACCCAUCAUAUGUCAUGAUGUGGUUGAUGUAGGCUGGUCCACAUUAGCAGAUCUAACUGUAGAUGAAGGGAAACUUCUUGGUUGCUCAUAUAACCAAAACUGUGUCAGUGUGUGGGUUGUGGAUUUGAUGAGAAAUGAGCCUUAUGUUGAUAGUAGUGCUGGACCACGCUUAAAUGGAAGUGUAAAUAGGCUAAUUGAACCAGAUGAUAGCAUGUCAUCAGUGUUUGGAAGGCUAUCAGUUUCCAGAAGCCCAGCCUAUGAAAUUGGAUCGGAAACUCUGCUUGGACGCUCAAUGUCUGCUUCAAAAGAAAUUCCUGUCUCAACUUCUGCAUCAACGAAGGGAUUGUCAAAGCCACCUGGAAAAAGGGAUCUCCAGCUCACAAGAUCUGUUUCUACACCUCUUCUUUCUCCUAGAGUUAGAUUGAACCCAAAUUUCAUUGACAGACGGAAGAAUCAGCCAGCUGCUGCUGUACCAUUACCAGAACCAAUAGUCCACUUUAAAGUGAAUCUCUCUUCAGAUGCUGGAAUGUUGUCUCGCAGUUCGCAUGCAUCAGCAGCUCCCAUGUAUAGGUCAAGGUCUAAUAGUUCUCGGUAUGGUAUUAUGGAAUCAUCUUCUGUACCUGUUCUGGCCCCGAGGCAUAGCCCUAGAAAGGAUGCUGGUCCCGUUCUCAGUGAAGCAGCCACAGUUGAGUUAGCAGAUAUUGAGCCUCAAAAUAUAGAAAAAGUAGGUUUAGCUGCCAAUCAUGGCAAAGAAGAUGGCAAGUUGGUACCUGUAGUUAUUUCAAGGAGCUCAAAGAUGGUUGAAGAAGUUGGCUGUAGAAGAAUCACUAAUGAUGUAGGAUAUAAAAAGGUAACCCUAGAAAAUAGUUUGAGAGUUAAUUCAGAUAUUGACUAUAGAAGGAGAGCUCCAGAAAGCCAAGAGGUGCAACAGCUUAUACCUCUGUCAGAGCCUAUUAGUUCAUCACAGAGGAAAUUUAUAAGAGAAUCUUCAGGUGCUGGGGACAAUAACUGUUCUGGUUUGAUGUGCACUGAGAGUGUUGAGUCUAAUGAAGUUGGUAACUGGUACAGUGUAACUAGUUUUGAUAAAUGGAAUCCUGCUGCUGCAAGGAAUCCAGAAUUUGCCAGCAUCCACAGAAAUGAAGUGAUUGGAAUAAACCAACUGAUGGAGUCAAGUGGAAAGCAUGUUGUUGACGACCGACCUUCCUCUUCUAAUUUUGAUAGCAUCCAGUAUGUGACAACACUAUACAGCUCGAGGCUGCGCCCUUCACUUUCUGGAAAACUUCGUGCAUCUGCAAGUGAUGAAGAUGAUAUGUCUGGUCUAAUGGAAAACCAUCAAGAAUUCAUUCAUGUAAUGAAGUCUCGGCUAACCAAACUAGAGGUGGUUUACCGGUGCUGGCAAAGAAAUGAUAUAAAAGGAUCUAUUGAUGCUACAUGGAGAAUGUUGGAUUUUGCUGUCACUACUGAUAUAGUUAGCGCUAUAAUGGAGAAUAAGAACUGUAUCUCAUUAGAUGUUUGCGCUUCUCUCUUACGUCUUACUGCCAGUCUUCUUGAAAGCACAUAUGACAGGCAUAUGAGCAUUGCCUUGGGGAUGAUUCUCAGUCUCGUUAAGAGCUUUGGUUCCACCAUUUCUUCAGCUUUGUCGGCUACACCACCUGUUGGGGUAGACCUUGAGGCAGAGCAGAGGUUGGAGCGGUGCAAUCUAUGUUUCCAAGAACUGAAGAACGUGAGUGCCAGCCUCAAGUUUCUGACAAAGCGGCAAGGCGAGGUUGGGAGAUCGGCUCAAGAGCUCAACCUUUUUCUUCAGGAUAUCUUUCAAUUGUCAAGCGUGUAA